AGAUAUCCUCAAAGCGGAUCUUUUGUGCGGGAGAAAAAUAUACUGUUCGGUAUAUCAUUGAUGGAAGCCAUCGAAGCAAAGUACGUGGACACCUCUGGGGGCCUUAUCACCAGCACGCACGCCGAUAAACAAGAGAUACUCGUGGGCAGUGGUAAGGUGACGGUGGAGUUUGUUGGCGCAGCAGACAUCGCAAACGCACAGAAGCAGUUGAAUCGACUCCCUACCUUAGGCUUACGGGACACACUAGUCUCACACAUGUGCAACGGAACAGCCCAAGACAACGCUUUAGAAAGUGCGGUACCAAAUGUGACCGAGCUCGACCUGUCGCACACGUUGGUGCACACGUGGCGGGACGUUGCCAUGGCAACGGGCCAGCUGAAGAAGCUACACUCACUGUUUUUGAGCCAGAAUCGAUUCGAUCCACUCUAUGUGUCUCGUGAGCCGAGAAAUCCGCAAAGGAAGCGCCUAUGUGGUACCGAAGAGGAGAGCGAGUUGGUAGGACUCAGGACUAUACAAUGUCUAUUUAUGAACAAGUGUAUAGAUUUUAGAGUCGGUGAUGUAUUGUAUGCCCAACGGUUCAUGCCGAAUCUGACCGAGUUGCAUCUGGUGGGGAACGGGGUCACGGUGAUAGGCACAGAGCACCCACCCACAGCUGCCGAGGAGGACGCUACAGCCUCGUCACAAGCACACGACAGGAAUCACGCACAACACCAUGAUGGCCACGACAGUGCAAGUAUGACCGACACACACACACAGACGCAUACACACACACAUGCACAUACAUAUUCAAAGACACAUACACAUAUAGACCCACGGACACUAGCCGACCAAGGUCCGCGCAGUGCACAGAAUGCCUGUAUAGUAGAUAGGAUGGAUACCAACACAAACGCCGACAACGGACGAGUCUCCAGCAUACCUCUAUGUAAGCUAGCACCUUACUUCCCAUCUCUCAAGUUCCUGAACUUGGAGCUCAACCGCAUAUCGGACUUCCAAACGCUCACGGAGGGUCUGUCUCACCUGCCCCACUUGCACACGCUUGUCCUUGGCGGAAACCCCUUCCCAAGCCUUAAUUACACCAAGGGCUUUGAGGCUCUGGAGUGUAUGUCUCUGCUAGAUUGUUGUAUUACGUCGUACGAAUCCAUCAGUGAGUUGGACAGGUUUCCAAACCUGUCCGAACUUCGGAUUUCUGGCCCACUGGAUGGGACCGGUACGCAAUCACAGUGCAAGGUGCACCCAGAACCUGGAACAAGGGCCGAAACGCACCCAAAAUAUGUAGACAUGGAUUCAGCGCAUGCCUCACAGAGCACACACACGUACGCUAAAGUUUCUUCCAAGAUCAAUAAGGAUGAUAGUGAACGUGGCAGCUAUCUACCUACAGCCAAUGAUCGUUUUCCGAUCAUUGCCCGGAUGAGCAGGCUGACCAUGCUCAACAGAAGUGCCGUGAGCGCUAAGGAGCGCGAGGAGGCGGAGAUGGACUAUGUGAAGGUCCAUGCCGAGGAUUUUGAAGCGGCUCACCGUGCGGGGUCUGACAGCGAUUUGUACCGAACUUUCAGUGAGAGCCACCCGAGAUACGUCUGUCUCAUGCGCACACACGGGAGCUUCGUCCCGCCACCCACCGCACACUCACUCAAUCACCGCGAACGACUCAAGCUGACUGUCAAAAUCGUCGAUACAGGCCAAGGAGGGAUCCAUCAAUUGCCUUCAAAUAUGUCUGUGACCAAGCUGAAGACCUUCAUACAAGCCAAGUAUAAGGUGUCAACCUCACAACAACAGCUGAUCAGCUUUGACGAGAAGGUAGUGUAUCUCAUACUAUGCUUCUACAUCUAA